AUGUAUACAAUUUCAAAACUAUUAUUUGCUAAUGCUACUUUUUACCAUGUUAGAAGAAAUAUUAAAUCGGCUCUUUAUAUAACUGGAGAAAAAGCCCAACAUAUGUUUGUUGCAGUUCACCCGGAAAUUGAUUGUUCUAAAAUAUUUAGAGAAGACGAAUUAUCUCUGAAUCUCCAAAAAAGAGGUAUAAAUAUCAACCUUGAAAAACUCAAGAAACGUUUCUUCUUUUUUAAAACUGUAGAAGAGAAAAAAAUCAUUCUUGAAGAAACAAGAGAUGAAUUAAAUACUUUGUAUAAUAAUCUCACCAAAAAUCCAACAAAUACAGACAAAAUAAAUCAAUUAAAACUUCAUAAGUUUGUGGUUAAAGAAGAACUUAAGAGUUUGAAAGAAUUUCUCACAGGUCUACAAGAAAAUGUGAUGUUAUCAAUCUUAAACUUACCUAAUGAUUUACAUGAGUCAACACCAGAAACAGACGAAGUCCAUUAUCAAUACCUGGAAAAACCAAAUUAUAUGUCACAAAAUCAUAUAGACAUUGCCAUAAAAUUGGAUUUAAUAAAACUUGUUGAAGGAUGGGGUUGUUUUUUCAAGUCUGAAGCUUCUCGUUUUGAAUCAGCAAUUUCUAAUUAUUUUGUACAUAGACUUAUUGAUGCACAAUUCAUUCCAUUUCAAAAUGCUGAUUUUACUCGAAGUGUUAUUGUUGAAGGUUGUGGAACAAAUGUUAUUGGUAAUAAUGAGAUUCUAACUAUUCAUGAGUUAAACAAAAAAAAUGAGGUGGUACAGGAAUUGUGUCGUCUUCAUCUGACUGGUUCCGCAUCUACUUAUGCCUUCAUGGCAUAUUUUGCAAAACACGUUGUUCCUUAUUCUAUAUUUCCACUUAAAUAUUUUUGUUAUGGCAGAUCAUACAAUGGAAAUAUUAGGACUAAUGAUAAUCUCUUCAAUCUAAAUCAGGAAUCUGUAUUGAAUGUUUUCUUAGCGAUUGUUGAGGAUGAUGCUUGGCAAGAAUUUCAGAAUCUGACACAGCUUAUUAUUGAGCUGUAUGAUAGUUUGGGAUGGCAUUAUCGAUUGGUUUAUUUGCAGCCAGAUAAAUUGAAAAAGAAUGAAAGUUUACGAUUAUCAAUUCAAAUGUUUUCCACAUCUUCUCAAGAAUAUGUUGAAGUUGGUUAUGUAUCGUAUUAUGGCAAGUACAUAAGUGAAAGGUUAUUAUUUAGUUGUUCCAAUAAAACCGAAACUUUAUAUCCGAAAAUUAUUAGCGGUAAUAUUUUAAAUGUGCCUAAACUUUUAGGGUGUAUACUAGAAAAUGAUCAAACACCUGAUAAGAAACUGUUGAAUAAACUUUUAUGUCAGUACUUGCCAUAAUAUUUUGAUUAUAUAUUUUGUUGGUUUAUCUCUUUUAAUGUAAAUGGUUUAGAAUUAAUCUUAUUUUAUUUAAGAAAUAAAAAUUUUCACAAUGA